CUCGGUGGAGCGACAAUGGAAGACGACGGUGGGGAGAGAUCGAGCUUCGUCGCCGGCCUUAUUGAGAACCGCGCCAAAGAGGUCGGAAUGGCUGCUUUUGACCUAAGGUCGGCUUCCCUGCAUCUCUCUCAGUACAUCGAGACAAGCAGCUCGUAUCAGAACACGAAGACUCUGGUGCGUCUCUACGAUCCGUCUGUGAUCAUUGUUCCUCCAAACAAGCUAGCUGCUGAUGGCAUGGUUGGGGUAUCGGAAUUGGUGGACAGGUUUUACUGCUCGGCCAAGAAGGUUGUUUUAGCUCGUGGUUGUUUCGAUGACACCAAGGGCGCCAUACUAAUUAAAAAUUUGGCUGCAAAGGAGCCUUUGGCGCUUGGUCUAGACACUUACUAUAAGCAGUAUUAUCUCUCCUUGGCCGCGGCUGCAGCUGCAGUUAAAUGGAUAGAAGCGGAAAAAGGCGUGGUAAUCACCAACCACUCACUGACGGUAACUUUUAACGGAUCGUUUGAUCACAUGAACAUUGAUGCAACUAGUGUUGAGAAUUUGGAAAUCAUCGAACCCUUCCAUAAUGCUCUUUGGGGCACUGGCAACAAAAAGAGAAGUCUGUUUCAGAUGUUUAAGACAACAAAAACAGUUGGAGGGACAAGGCUUCUUCGUGCCAAUUUGUUGCAACCUCUGAAAGAUAUUGAAACUAUCAACACUCGCCUGGAUUGCCUGGAUGAGCUGAUGAGCAAUGAACAACUAUUUUUUGGGCUUUCUCAGGUUUUGCGCAAAUUUCCAAAAGAGACUGAUCGAGUUCUUUGUCACUUCUGCUUCAAGCCACAGAAAGUCACAGAUGCGGUCCUAGGUUUUGACAAUACCAGGAGGAGCCAAAAUAUGAUUUCAAGCAUUAUCUUACUGAAGACUGCAUUGGAUGCUUUGCCUCUACUUGCUAAGGUGCUUAAAGAUGCCAAGUGUUUUCUCCUCACCAACAUUUGCAAGUCUGUGUGUGAAAAUGAUAAAUAUGCUUCCAUCAGAAAAAAAAUUGGGGAAGUUAUUGACGAUGAUGUUCUCCAUGCACGGGUUCCCUUUGUCGCCCGGACACAGCAGUGUUUUGCUUUGAAGGCUGGGAUUGAUGGACUUCUGGAUAUUGCAAGGAGGACCUUCUGUGAUACUAGUGAAGCGAUACACAAUCUUGCCAGCAAUUUUCGGGAGGAAUUCAACUUGCCAAACCUAAAAAUCCCCUUUAACAACAGGCAGGGCUUCUACUUUAGCAUUCCGCAGAAAGAUGUGCAAGGAAAACUUCCAAGCAAGUUCAUUCAGGUUGUCAAACAUGGGAAAAACCUACAUUGCUCAAGUCCGGAACUUGCUUCUCUGAAUGUGAGGAAUAAGUCUGCUGCUGGAGAAUGCUACAUACGUACAGAAAUCUGUCUGGAAGCUCUAAUGGACACCAUAAGGGAAGAUGUAUCUGCACUCACACUUCUUGCAGAGGUUUUAUGUCUUCUAGAUAUGAUUGUCAAUUCAUUUGCUCAUACAAUAUCCACAAAGCCAGUUGAUCGAUACUCUAGACCUCAAUUAACAGAUAGUGGCCCCCUUGCAAUUGAUGCCGGAAGGCAUCCUAUCCUUGAAAACGUACAUAAUGACUUUGUUCCUAAUAGUAUCUUCAUUUCAGAAGCAUCCAACAUGUUGAUUGUCAUGGGUCCAAACAUGAGCGGAAAGAGCACAUACCUCCAACAGGUGUGUCUAAUAGUGAUUCUAGCUCAAAUUGGCUGCUACGUCCCAGCUCGCUUUGCAACUAUAAGGGUGGUUGACCGCAUAUUUACACGAAUGGGUACAAUGGACAACCUUGAGUCGAAUUCUAGCACGUUCAUGACAGAGAUGAGAGAGACCGCUUUCAUAAUGCAGAACGUCUCCAACAGGAGUCUGAUAGUCGUGGACGAACUUGGGAGGGCAACAUCUUCCUCCGAUGGAUUUGCAAUAGCUUGGAGCUGCUGCGAGUAUCUCUUAUCACUCAAAGCGUACACCGUGUUUGCGACCCAUAUGGAUAAUCUGUCUGAGUUAGCCACCAUCUACCCAAACGUAAAGGUCCUCCACUUCUACGUAGACAUCGGAAACAACCGCUUAGAUUUCAAGUUUCAACUUAGAGACGGGACCCUUCAUGUUCCACAUUACGGCCUUAAGUUAGCCCAAGUGGCCGGACUGCCCAAUUCAGUGAUUGAAGCCGCUAGAUGCAUCACCUCUAAAAUCACAGACAAGGAAAGGAAAAAUAUAGAGCGUAAUUGCACAAAGCACCACCAAACACAUAGGAUUUAUCGUGUGGCUCAACGCCUAAUAUGCCUAAAGUACUCUAGCCAAUCCGAAGACUCAAUCCGCCAAGCCCUCCAAAAUCUCAAGGACAGUUUCCUUGAAGAAAGGCUCUGAAUCCCCCCUUUCACAUUCAG